UGCGAGUCCUCUUUUUUUCUCGGUUCUUUUGAUCAUUAUCAAAUCGCUACAUCGACUUGUUUUACGUCGGUUGCGAAAUUAAGAGAGAAGCAGUUGAAAAAUGCCUUCCAACAAGACUUUCCGCGUUAAGCGCAUCCUGGGCAAGAAGCAAAAGCAAAACCGCCCCAUUCCCAACUGGAUCCGAUUGAGGACUGACAACAAGAUCAGAUACAAUGCCAAGCGUCGUCACUGGCGCCGCACCAAGCUCAACCUUUAAGCAUGUACUCGUCACCAUGGGAUUUUUGGCUCGGACCGAGCUACUAGAUAUUUCGUUGAUGUACACUGUAGUGGAUACUGGUCGUCUUUAAUAGACUUGGCUUGAUCUACACUAAUGGUCAUACUUUACA